AUGUCAAUGAAUUUUAUUAGAUUGACCAAAGAUGAAAUAUACCAUAACAAAAUGGUCACCAAAGGAUUAAGAGUUGAAAUGUAUCAAACAUUCGAUGUUAGCAGAUUUACUUUGGACCAAAUUCGUCGUGGUAAACCUAUUGAUGUUUAUACCAAUACACCUUUAGCCAAGAACCAUAGUAAAAAGAUAAGAGAUCACAUUCAUUAUACUGAUUUCACAUCAAUUUGUUUUAAUAGUUACAUCGAUAACAACCAAAAAACCAAUAGUGUACGUUUCAAUAAUAAAACCUUCAAAGCUAGAUCUGCAAUCGAGGUUUUUGAUAUUAUUGCAAACAUGGUAAAAUCUAGUGUUCGACCAAAGAAAGACAAAGUUGAUCAAAAGAUAAACAAACAAAUAAUAAUAUGUGAUAUGGAUAAAAGUUAA